CAUUGAUAGGUGGCACUGACUGGAACUGAUAGGUGACACUGAAAGGCAGCUCAGAUGCGUACUGAUAUGUGGCAUUGAUGUGCACUAGUAGGCACUGAUAUGUGGCAUUGAUGUGGCUCUGAUGGGCACUGGCAUGGUGGCAUGGAUGAGCACUGACAGCUGGCACUGAUGGACAAUGACAGGUAGCACUGAUGGACAAUGACAGGUGGCACUGCUGGGGCUACACUGAUCAUCAGAGCAUACUGAUCAGUGCCCUGAUGAUCACUGUCAGCAUGACAGCUCAUGAGGAGAGAAAUGCCGAUAACCGGCAUUUCCCUAUUUACAUGCGAUCAGAUGUGAUUGGA